UCUUUAAUUUUAAAAACAAAAUUAAACAAAAUACAUCAACACGAAAAAAUAAUUUGGACGAGACUGCCGAAACUCAUAGUGAUGAAUUAAAAGCAAAGAAAAUAUGUAACCAUGAACUGAAUGAUGGGCAUAAUGAUGAUGAUGAAAACAUUCAAUUAAAAAAUAAUGUUUUAAAUUUGAAUAUACCGUCUGUUGAUUUGGAUGAUAUUGAUAAACUAAAACUAAACUUCAAAUAUUUCCACUAACACAAUUUGGACCUCAAAAUAGAAGUUUUAAUGCUAAACACUAUAGUGAAUUUGAAUGGUUAGAAUAUAGUAUAUCUCGUAAUGCUGUGUUUUGUUUUAAUUGCAUUCAUUUUACAAAGAAUUUAAAAAGUGACAUUUUAAUUACAACUGGAUACAAAAAUUGGAGAAAAGAAAUUUGAAAGAGCUUUGUACAUUAUUUGCGUUGAACGAUAAAGAGUUUUCAGAUUUUUUUAACAGAAAAAUUAACUAUACAAGUUGUAUUAUUCAAAAUAGUAUACUUGAAGUUUGUUCAAAUAUGACAAUAAAUACUAUAAUUAGCGAAAUAAAAGACUGUUAUUGAAUUAUUAUUUUGAAAUUGUUUAGGUGUAAUUACAUCUAUAAGAAAAUGAAAAGAAUGUAUUAAACUUAAAUGUUUUCAUGUUUCUGUUAAAACUGGCGUUGAAGGAAAUGACAUCUGUAAUCAAGGUGUUAACAUGAAUAAAACAGAAAACAAUAAACAUUAUUGGUGUUCUCAUGCAUAUUAUGCUAUAUUGGAUGCAAUUAUAGACCACUUUGAGUUAAGGUUUUCAAAAGAGAGUUUAGAGAUUGCAAAUUCAAUUGACAAUUUCAUUAAAUUAAAUAUGAAUAAAAGCAUGAUGUUCAUUGAUCAUUACCAAGCAUUAUUUUCUAUUGAUAAAGAAGCAUUACGUUGUGAAAUGACUGUAGCACGCAACUGUGCCAUACAGUUAAAACCAAAUUUUGGUUUAGAAGAAUUAAAAAAAAUUAUUUCAAAAGAAGUCUAUCCUAAUAUUCAUUCUUUACUUAAAGUAGCCUUGAUACUACCUAUCAGUUCUGCAUCGUGUGAACGAUCUUUCUCAGCCAUGCGUCGUAUCAAAAAUUGGACUAGAACAUCUAUGACACAAGAUUAUUUCGGUAAUUUUUCUAUAUUGCACAUCGAGAGAGAUAUUGUUAACUAUCUUGACCUCGAUAUUAUACUAGACGAAUACUCAAAGAAAGACCGUCGUAUAGGUUUAAUAUUAUAAUAAAAAUAUGAAUAAAAUAUAUUAUGUAUCAUGUAGAAAAUAUAAUUAUUUAUAAAUUGUUAUAAUAUACUAUUAUUAAUAAAAAAUGAAAUCAAAAUAAUUACUUUUAAGUGACUUUUCAUGCUGGGUCCACACCAAGUAUGACUUUUUUUUAUUUCUGUUUUUAAAAACAAUUUGUACUGUAGAUCCAGAAUUAUGGUUUUUGUUUUUUUUUAGUGGUACAUAUAGGCAAAUAGUGGUGUUAUCUCCCAUCAAGUCGCAAAAAAAUCUGGAGCUUAAGCAUCCCCUAGUUAAAAUGUCUAGUUGCGCCAAUGGAGUGGAGCUUAACAACCAUAUAUAUCACUUAUAUUACAUUAUUUGACUAAAGCAAUUUGAGCUCCGUUACAAAACAUUAGGAUGUUCAUACUUUCCAGGAAAACAUACUGGAGAAAAUAUUUUUCUUAAAAUCAAAACUAUAGUAAAUGAAUGGAACAUUGAUAUUUCAAACUUAAGAAUUUCUAUUUAUAUGGUCACAGACAAUGCAAGAAAUAUAAAAUAUGGAUUAAAUACUUAUAAUGAUAAUGACACCCUACAUCACUACUUUUGUGCAGCCCACACGUUACAAUUGGCCAUUGAAGAUUCUUUAAAAGAAAACAAUAUGGGAAGUUUAUUAAAAAAGUGUGGCUCAAUUGUAAUGCAUUAUAACCACAGCACCAAAUCUUGGGAAUGUUUGCAACAAAUUCAAUUACGAUUAAAUUUGCCAAAUCAUAAACUCAUAUAAAUGGUCGAGUGCAUUGUAGAGCAAAAAGAAGCAAUUUUUUUGGAUUUGCAAAAUUUGUCAAAUUAUAUUCAUAUUACACUAAGAAAGUGGAAACUUAUUAAAGGAUAUGUUGAAAUAUUAAAGCCACAAAAGAAUUUAGCCAACAAUAUAUACCAACAUUUUCAAUGGUAAACCCAAUUAUAUAUUCCAUAGAAAAAAAUUGGACAAUUUUAAGCUAAUCUUUAGUCAAUAAUUCUGUCUAGGUAUUAUUCAAUAUUAUGUCAUUAUUAUUUAAUACUUAUUUAAUAUUCCUAUAAUUCAAUAAUGCCAAAAUAAUGAAAAUAUUAUAAAAGGUUAGGUUUUUUAGCUUUCUGACUUUUUUAAUGUUCGGUUCGAGUUUGAUAAAAUAUUUGAAAGUUUAGUUCGAUUCGGGUUUGGAAAAAAUAUGUAACUUCAGUUCGGUUCGGAUUUGUUAAUUAUAAGAAAAGUUCGGUUCAACCUAAUAAAUCAGGGUUUAUAACAUCACUAAUUGUAACUUUUUUUUUUGACGACCUGUAUUAAAUGGAAACCUGUCUAAAAUAGGAAAAAAAUUCAGUCCCGGCCGUUUCCAUAUUAUACAGGUUUUUCUGUACCUCAAUACAUUUAUAGUUUCUUAAAUAGUAUUCACAAGAUAAAAACAAUAUUUAUAUUUUUCCCCUGGUAAAAAUUUGUGUUUUUUUCUAUUUAUACCAUUUACACUAGCAUAUGAGUAUCUAAGUAAAUGAGUAAUUAAUUUUUGGUGAAAGUGAAAUACAACUGUAAGUUGUAAUCAUCAAUAAAAAAUAUCAAAAUAAAUUUAGUUUUUGAUGUACAUCAUACAGUUAAAGAUUAUGAGCUGGAUUUCAAAGAAAACCUGGAAGACUAGUUGGAUUAUUCUCGUGCUACCUCUAAAACUUGAGUCUACUUACAUACAUGGAGUACAAUAUCUUUAAUACAUAGAUAGUAGUGAAUUAAAAUACUUUUCAGUGUAAGAAAUUCCUGUUUCAUUUUAUAAGGUCAGUUAUUUAAAUUUUUCAAAACUUUUGCUAAUAUUUCUAUAAAAAAAAUUAGUAACAGUAAGAAAUUUCACUUUACAAUAUUCCAUUAUAAUAUUGUAUACAUUGAAAAAUUAAAUUCUAUCAAAUUAAUUAUCAAAUAAUUUUAUAAACCAAUAAUAACUGACAUCAAAACCAUAAUUCAAACUUUAUCUAAAACAUAUAACCUUAUACUUAAUGAUACUAAUAAAAAAGUAUUUCUUUAGUUUGUAAUAAAUU